GGGAAAUUUGACACACGGAAGCGCGGCUUUAUGUUCUUAUUCGCAAGAUAAGACGAAAUGGACAGAUAUAUUUUGGUUUCAUCCUUCUGUCAGGCGGAUAACGAUGAAACGGAGGAGUACAAAUGUCUGGACAAAUUGAAGCAGAUUCAUGACCAAAUAGUGGACUUUUCUUCUCAAGAAUUAGCCAGAGGAAUCUCUGUGCUCCCAGCGUGUUCUCUCAGUGGAAGCCCUUCAGUUCAGAGGUGGUACUUUGCUGUUCAGGCUUGUCAUGGACUAAUGCAGUUUUGCAGCUCAGACUGGGAUGAGGUGGCGGCAGGCCACCAGAGUGCAAACGGUGAAGAGGAGAAGCCAACUGCUUUGGAGCUGUGUGCUGGUUCCCUGAGUCUUCAGGAGGGAUCGCUUCAAAAGUGUGGUGACGAAGCAACGCUGAUAGAGUUGCUCGAGGAGGCUGCAGAAGGCGUGCAUGCACUGUCAGACAGACUUCCGCCUCCAGGUAAAGCAUUGAUCGAUGUGCUGGUGUUCGGUUCUGCUGAGCAGUGUCCUGCAUUCAAAGACGUGCUACCAUUGCUGGGAGCCCUCGGGCACAUGAGCUGCUGGCACUCUGCCAAGAUCACAGUCCUCACUGAGCAUUUCACUGGGUGGCAAAAAGCUGCGUCGUACCUGAGUGCUGAUCUAGUGGAUUUUACUGAGUUAAGCGGCUGUAUCAGCGCAAGUGAACUGUGGAGAGGGGGCUUGCUGGUCAGAGAAAAGAAGUAUGUGUCAGAGCUUCGUUUUAGUGGCUUUUCUCUGCACAGUCCAGUAUAUAAAUCCAAUCUCAUGGAUUUUCCAAGCUCCUCUGUAGACCACAAACCACACUCCGAGGUUUUUCAGUACUACGCGCCUGUUUUAGACCUGCUUCAUCUGGUCACUCUGUCAGACCUGCCGAGCUUCCUGAGGUCCAGCACACACUUUGAACUAGUCCUGUCUGGGAAGUCAGUGAAAUCUAUACUUCUUUUGGACCAGCUCAGGUCACUGCGCGGAAAGGUAGGAGCUUUGUUCAGCCUUUCCUGCGUGGUCACCUCUAUCGCGCAGCCGUCAGCGAGCCAAAUCAGCUCGCGGCGCUGGAGAGAGUCUCUCGCCAGGAGACCCAAGUUUUUACCCUUACCUGAUGUCGAGGUCAAGGGAGAGAGUGCUCACUACUUCCUGUUGGUCCAGGGCUCAGACAAGACUGAGAACGGAGUCUGCACAGUCAGGCUGUUGCACUCUGACAGUCAAAUUAAUGGCGUGCCCGCCAUGGCAACGGUCUCAGGGCAGAAGCUGCUGUCAUCAUCAGAAGGUACUAGGAGCAACAUCCUCUCUCUGCCUUGUCUCCAAGGAGACGGACUGCUGAAGAGAGAGCAGAAGGUGGCCCAGGUUCAGACACUGGUGCUUAAAGAAUACUUCAGACAGAGAGAAAAAUCUUCUUUAGUACCAUCCAAUGACUUGAAGGCCAUUCUGAGCAUGGCCAGGGAGCAAUACUUGAAGAUGAUUGACUCGAAGCUUCCCCGGGCCUCUGCUCUGACUGACAGCAUGCCCACCAAGGACCCAGCAUCAGAAAGAAUGUCCCACACACAAUCUGUUUGGCCCGAGAAGAGCGUUCUCCACAACAUUGAGAACCUGCAGAAAAGACGACACAGGAGAAGACUUGGCCUGUUAGGUCCUGGCUCCAGUGACAGCUUGCUGGGUCCUAAAGACUGUCAAAAGGGUUCCACUACUUUACUGGACGCCAAAGAACUUUUAAAACACUUCACACUCGAUGGCAAGCCGACCAGUGAGCUGCAACCUCUGGCCCUGAUUAGAGGUCAUAAUCUGUUCCAGUUGUCGCCAGACUUGUCUCCCAGGAGAGUCAGUGAGAUGUCCUUCAAAAAGGCCACAAGCUCCCAUUACCAUGGCAUAGAAUUCUGCCUGGACAACCAACGCUCCUUGGACCGAGACCAGGCUUUUGUGCGGCUCCAGUCCCGCCUCAUUCGCUACGAGACCCAAACUACCUGCUCCAAGGAACCCUGCAUCCUCCCGUUUGCGACCAGCCCCGCCCCUUCUCCCGCCGUGAUGUCAGAACCAGGAAGCGUACCCGACGGGGAGACUCUGCAGAACGCUGAUGUAGCCCGACUCAAACGCAGGUCCUUGGACACAGAUGUUGUCGGAGGUUAUCCCCGCAAGAGGCUGGCCAAGUCAGAGAGCAGCGACUCCGUCUGUUCUCAGAAAAGUGUCAGUAGUGGGACACACCUUGCCAUCAAGUCGCUACUGCAACAGCCCAGCAGAUCCCAGUCCAUCUCCUCUUCCGCUCCGUCUUCCUCUACUACUCAAACGACAUCAUCUGGUUUGCUGAAUCAGUCUUCGGCCGACGAGCAUAAAGCGGAGAAGACUGAUCACAGACUGACAAAUGAGAAAAAUGUCAAGGAGUCGCGCUCGCAGAAACACAAUAGGAUGUUGCAGGAGGUAGUCCUUAAAACACUCAAAAAGCACGGGAUCAGUGCCGAGCAUCAAUGCUUUGAGGCUUGCAGCAAGAGACUAUUUGAUAUCUCCAAAUUCUUUCUCAAGGAUCUGAAGACAUCUCGUGGUCUGCAUGAUGAGAUGAAGAAGGCAGCUGGCAGCAAUGCUAAACAGGUCAUUGACUGGGUACUGGAGAAGACGUCAAAGAAGUGAAGAUGAUUCUGACAAAAACAUACUGAGUCCCACUUUAAUUUUUCAGUUUUUGAGAUGAUGUUAUCGAGUCCAUUUUAAUUUGAGUUUUAAAAGUCCUCUAUUGUUUUAACAACAUAUAUAUUUUUUACACUUUAUUAUUUCAUCUGUUUUACCUUUUGCUAUUUUUAGGACAAUAAAGUUUUUGUUUUUUUAUUAUUUCA